AUGCCUGCUCCAGAGCUGACCUUUGUUCUUGGCCCAAAAUCAAAACCAUCUUGGGCAGAAGAGUCUGAGUCCUCUUCUAAUGUUGCUGAAAUCAUAGAAGACUCCUGCGCCUGCUCCGUUGAAGACCUUCCCUCUGAAGCUGGACAAAUGAAAGCCGAGUGCACCAGCUCUAGAAAUGAGGGCGAAUGCAAAUGUUCAUUUUCUUGCAAAAAUUCUCCAGAAGCAAAGACAACUGUGGCGACCUGCAAGCUGACUCAUUCGAGAGUUGGUGUUUCGCGAUAUUUGAACCUUGAAUCAGAAACGGAACUGGUGCUUGAUCAAAUUUAUGAUUUCGACAAAAACAGCUCGAUGGAAAAAUUUGUCAGAGCGGAAAGACUGCAAAAGGCGGAUUAUAUCUGGCAAUAUCCCAAGCUCGGCUUUAUGUGCGAUGAAUUGGACUGCAAAAUGCGAAUUACUAGCAAUCUUCCUGAAUUCCGAUCAAAAACGAGUUUUGUUGAUUCUGACACUCCAAAGGCAGCCGCGACAAAGAACCCUGUUUUGUCAGAAGAACAAGGUUGGUACUUGACGUUUUCUGAUGAGUUCAACAAAAAAGAGCUCAACAAGCUGAAAUGGAGCGGGGGAACGCUGGGAAAAGGCAAUACUUUUGAAAAUUUUGUACCAACUGGAAAUGCGUCAAAAGGCGCUGAGAUCGACAUUAUGGAGGCGAACUAUAAAACUGACGCGUACACAACCAACAUUCACUGGGACGGAUACCAUGAGCAUCAUAAAACUUCUUUCGGAAAAGUGUGGACUUGGAAUGACCAGGGAAAACGAACCCUUCUCACUGAUCCGAUAAAAUAUCACAACUUCGGGCUCAAAUGGACUCCUGAUGCUAUUGAAUUCUACUACGACGGGAAAAAGAAAAGAAGAGUGACUGAUAAAAACGCGAUUCCGCACACGCCGCUGUAUGUAAUUUUGUCAGGGGGAAUUUUCGACUCAACCUGGAGCGAUGGAGAAAUCAAGGCUGCUGAGUUUCCGGAUUAUAUGCUUGUAGGAACGAGUUUAAAAAAAGGGACCGGAGUUGAUGAUUGA